AUGAGGCAGCAAGCCACCGUGUUAUUGAUGCCAUUUCUGUUGCUGAUUCUACUUCUCACAGCAGGUUUCGCAAAUGGGUCUCUGCUACCAUUCACAGAUGGUCCAGAGAAUUUCUGGGUCGAUCGCUUCCCGGACCCAUUUCGUGUGCUGGAGCAAAUCCCAUUUGGGAUCGACAAAAGCGAAGCGUCCAUGGCUGUGUCUCCGGCGAGAGUGGACUGGAAAGAGACGCCGGACAGUCACGUGAUAAUGAUGGACGUGCCGGGGAUGAAGAAGGAGGAGAUCAAGAUAGAAGUGGAGGAAAACAGGGUUCUGCGAGUGAGUGGCGAGAGGAAGAAGGAGGAAGAAGAGAAGAAAGGAGAGCACUGGCACAGAGUUGAACGAUCUUAUGGCAAAUUCUGGAGGCGGUUCAGGAUGCCACAGAACGUGGACUUGGAUUCUGUUCAGGCUAAGCUGCAAAACGGGGUGCUUACUUUGAAACUCAACAAGCUGUCACCUGAUAAGAUUAAAGGCCCAAAGGUUGUGAGCAUUGAUGAGGCCAAGCAGGAGCUGUGAGUUAGUGCACCUUUCUUAAUGACAAUUGAUGGUACUGAAACAGGGCUAUGAAUCGUCUUGUGUGGAAUAAAACCUUUGGUUGUUCUGAUGUACUACUGGGUUUACUGAGUUAAGAGCUUAGAUUAUGAGUGUGUCCAGUGAUGUACAGGCUAAUCCAAAUCUCCUGUUGAA